GUUGCGUCUUUUGCGAAAGUGUCCUGCAGUUGCACCUCCGGUCCAACAGGGGCAGCAAAUGAACGCGGAGCACAUUUCUAUCUUCCAAAGCUCAUUUCCGUAUAUACAAGCAGAGCGUGACGUUCAGGGUCCCGUGAAAAACUACGUUUCGGUGCCGCAAUUUGGAGCUUUUAGUUUCCACUCCGGGCGACUACGAUGCUCUCCUUGAAAGCAUUUCUCAACGAGAGGCUGGCGGCGGUAGCGGAGGAGAUCUUUGGCGCCGUCGAGAAGACAAUAGAUGAGUACAAAGAGGAGCUUUGCCGCGUGAAGGACUUGGAGAUCGGUCGCCUCAGAAUGCAGCUGAGGCUUCUCAAGUCAGAUGCAUGCAAUGGAGCCCAGCUGCAGGAGCACACCCAUCACCACCCCCCUCCACCCCUUCCAUCUCAAAAGCAUGAGGAAGCAGCAGCAUCGGGAGACAUGGAGGCCGCUGAGUCCCAAAACAUUGAGGAGGAAGGCAGCAGUAGCAGCAUCAUGGAGCAUUCUAAUGAGACCGCCCAGGUGAAGAAAGAACCAGAGAGGAGCCACAGGGAGUUCUGGCUGGGCCACGGCUCUGAGCCUCUGGAGGAUCUGGAGUCAGACAUAAAGGACUUCAUGUCCUCGGCGUCGGGGGCGAGGGGGGGCUUCCACGAUCCCAUCUUGCCCUUUCACCUCUAUCAUCACGGCGGCAUGGGCGACGAGGGGAAGGAGAAGCCCUACAGCUGCUCCGUUUGCGACAAGCGCUUCGGCAACUGCUCCCACCUGGCCGCUCACAUCAGGACCCACACAGGUGAGAGGCCCUACAGGUGUGACAUCUGCAGGAAGAGCUUUGUCACCACCAGCGCCCUCAAUAGACACCAGACCAUACACACUGAAGGGAAACAUUACGUGUGCAUUUACUGCAGCAAGGCCUUUAAAUGGAUGGAGUCUCUUGGGAGGCACGUGCGAAUUGCCCACAAGAGGCCCAACGCCCCUCAAUGACCUCACAUAUUGUUGGGGCAAAAAAAAAAAAAACAAUGUAGUAGUAUUUAUGAUGUAUGUAGUAUGUUUUCAAGAUGGUAGAGUAGUGGUUACCCCGUCUGCCUUAGGCUGUGGGUUUGUGUUCUCCCUGUGUCAGCGAGGGUCUUAUCUGGGUACUCCGGGAGCAUCCCAUAUCCCCAAAACAUCCCUGUUGGAUUUAUUGAAGACUCCAAAUCAAUGAUUUUUUUACAUCAUGUACCACUUAGAAAAAUAUAAAUACUUGGUUAUCCAAGUACCACCAUAAUGACCGAGAUGAAGUGGUAACAUAUUAGGUUCAGGUGUUCAUCAAACAUGAACAAGUAAAAUCAACCAAUAAUGGAUGAAGUAUUAAUACACCUGUGUAUGAUAUGUACCGUAUUUUUUCAGCCGUAAGAUGUGCUUAAAAGUCUUACAUUUACUUCAAAAGGGACAGCAUCAUCUAUAUGCACAAUCGUGGUGUGACUUUUGGAAUGAAGUACACUUCACCAACUGGUUGUAGAGCUCGUGCACCUGCGUCAUAAAAAUCACGUGACUUUUGUUUAGCUCGCCAUAUUGCCGGUCAAGCUAAGCAUUGCUCAAUGCUAAGUCGGUUGGAGACGACACGGAAAUACGUCUUGUAGCACGAUGCCCAGAGUCUUGUCCGAUACCGUCAGACAUUUAGAAUGUGAAAAUAAACGACGAUACCUGGAAAAAUUGAUAAACUCAGCACAGAGGACCUGUAUUUAAUGCCGAAAUCGAUGUUUUCGCUGAUAAGAAAUUGGACCGUUAAUUCGCUUCCGCUUAUCUUGGACAACUGGAUAUACACAUGGAUCUGGUGAGUAAGUCGUCGAGAUUUACAUGGAAGAAUUUGAAAGCGUAAAAAAGCUUGGAUGCAUACAAAUACUUUGUUGUUGGAUCUGUUCUCAAUCAAGAAUAAAUCCCACAUACAGUAGUGAUGGACCCACUCAGAUUUUUUCAAUACAAAUACCAACAUUUAAAUACAUGACCCCUGGUUUUUACACAACCUCGCAAUCAUUAACUAUGAUUGGGAAAAAAAGACGACGGUUGACGACUCAUGAAUGCGGAAGUGGGUUCGGCGACUAACCUUUGCCGGAAUCCAUCAAUCUUUUCAGCUAGUAUUCAAAACAAAUACCAAUAUUUAAAUAAUUGACCGCUGGUUUUACACAAAGUCAUCUCUGUGGAAUAAACAUGGAAGCGAUUGUGCCCACAUUUAACCUCUGUAAAACUCUGCGACAGUUUUUUUUUUUUUUUUUUAACACACAUUGUUCUCAAAUGAGCCAACUUGGCAUUAUAAAUACUUUGUGGUAAUUUGCAAGAUCUCGGGCAUUGUAAAUAUUCUCCUCCGGUUCAAUGUCUCCCACAAUGUCGAGCAGCUCUGUUUGACCGGUAAUAUGGCGCCGUUAUAUUGGUGUCAUCAUGUGCAUGAGCUCUAUACCUACGAGCAUGUGUGCUAGCACAUGUAUGUGAGAUAGUAUACAAUGACACUCACAAAGCAGAGAAAAAUAAUUGCUUUUUAUAUUUAUAAGUAGUAGCUUAUAUUGCCUCGCACAGUGGCUGUCUAAGCAUGUCAUUACUGACGAUGUUGUACACACAGUCUGCUCAUGGUGUCGUACUAUAGUGUAAAUAGUGUUUAAAGUGCAUGUUUUGUGUCAAUUAUUUUGUGAGUCAUUCUCAUUUUGUUUUAUUAUUUGCCAUUUAUGUUACUCUGUUUGAUGUGGUGUGAUAAUUUUAGUUUUGAUGUGAUACUGCGAGUGUGUACAACAUCGUAAGUAAUGACUUGCAUAAAUGGACAGUGUACACUUAUGCUGGAAUGCAAUUUAUCCUCACUGCUUUAUGAGUGCCAUCAUAUGGUAGCUUACAUAAAUAUCAAAACACUUGGUGGCACACAUACCAACAGGGUAACCAGUGUACUUUGUUGAAUAAGACACCCAACAACAUUUUCAAAUGUUGGGACUGAGUGUGCUCAUAAGAUGCACCACAUUGUCAGGUGCCUCAUCUAUUUCGAAGAGAAUCUAUGACCUUUAUGACCAUGGAAAUAUGGCCAAUUAAAAAAAAAAACUUGGAGACAAAAAUCUACAAAUAUGCAGGACCGAGAACGGUGGGCCCCAAAGGGGGAAGGGCACACUGUCGUCAUUAUUCUCGGCGAAAUACAAAUCAUGUUAUUACAAUUUAUAAGUCAUUAACGGUACUUGUGAAAGUUUCCCUCAUUUGUGUUUUCAUGACAGUAUUAUGCUUCCUGGGCGCCAAGUUGCAUCCACCCAAAGGGGUGAUAAUUACUCGUGAUCCACCAACUGUUCAAUUCUUCAUAUUCUAUUGAUUAUGUGGUUAUUACGAUAUGUUUUAUAAAGUAAAUUAGCAUAGGGUGCUAUUUUAGAUUUGAGAUCCAGUGUAGUGAUUUAUGAGCAUGACCACUGACUUCAAUCUUAAGGCACCACUGUAUAGGGAAUUUUUAAAAAAAUGUACUUAAGGAUUGCUUCAAUUGAAAUCUGAAAUAAUAGCUUGUUAAUUGGACGCACCUUGUAGAAGUGUUGUGAGAUCCCUGCCUAAAUGAAACAUUAAGCGUCUCUCUGAAUUCACUUUACAGGGUCUUGAAGUUACAUAAAAUUGGACGGUAUUUCGCAAAUGUACUGUAUUAAAUUUUAAAAGGUUUUAGCCACUGUAACAUUUUGCAUGGUUUGAAUAUUUAAAUAACACUAAGGGAGCCUAGCAGGACUCAAAGCACAGUUUGAGAACCACUGCUCUAAAUGUUCCAUAGGUUUGAAAACAUAAAUGGAGAUACAUACUCAGUUUGUUCAUCUAUGACCUGUGAUCAGGCGCCAUCCUGUCCAGGGUGGGUGUACCCCCGCCUCUUGUCCAAAGUCGAUCGGGUAGGAUGAGAAACUGGAUUGAUAGAUUUUUUUUAAUGUAGGAAGUGUGUUUGAGAACGUAAGAAUCAAUUGUACAGGACCCCUCGGUGUAUGACGUCAAUGCCAAGACCAUCUCUUGUUUCAUGAUCUGUCGACUCUGCAACUUUUCCUCCCCUUUUUCUUUGAGUUGAACGUACUUGUGCCGUGCCACCGUUCCCAUUUGUUUGAGUGCGUCUUGUCAUGAGGGAAGCCAGCAGCCCGUUUAGCUUCCUCUAUGAUUCUGAUCGAUACUAUAUUCCCGUCUCCUGUCCUGUGUGUGUGCUUUUGACUUUUGCCUUGCAUGAGCUGUACUCUUUUUGGCUCUUUUGCCAUGAGGGCAGGCGUCCGUUACAUUUAGUGUUUUGGUCAAUGGUUUUCAAGGGUGAUGAAGACCUGGCAAAAUAUAAUAAACUGUUUAGAGACUGUCUUGGUGUCUUGU